AUGAUCACCUCCAUUGCAGUUGCCAACGAUGGCUCAGCGGUGACAUCGGCAAGGGGUUUGUCAGUUGAAGCAAAGAGUGACCUCUCCAGCAAUUCAAAGGAAGGUUGCAUCUACGACAGAUCACGCCGCGCGGCAGUGUCAACUGUCGAGCCCCAACUCUGGAGUCUGUCUCGAGCUCCAUCCCCCCAGGUCAACACAACAGCAGAAUCCGGAACAAUCCCGACAUAUCAUAACAACUCAUCAAACCCAUUCUUCCUUUUUUUGGUUGCAUCUUUCACCAAAGAAUCCACCCUUUGGACACCCAUCAUCACGUACGCCGACAUGUGCCUCGCCAAAAACACCAUCUGGACCUGUCACCGAUGCGGAGUCAACAUCACCGACCCUGAAGAACCACCCGUCGAGUUUUGCUUCACCGCCCUGAUAAACGAAAAGUGCUCCCGCGCCUUCAUCAACGUCAUCGUCGCCUGCGACCCAGCCCUCUGCCUCUACUGCGGCUUCCACAAACAAGACAUGUACUAUGAGGUCGAGAAGCGAGUUUAG